GCCGCUUCCUCCUCCCUCCACCUAGCCAGCAGCCCCUGGUUCCGGGUUGCACAUGCCAGUGUUUGUGUACGUGCGGCAGCCGCUGGGCUGGGAAGGGCACCGCAGCCAAGGGUUAGGCUGUUGGAGCGCUGCCAGAGCUGGGGCGCAGCAGUGAGGGGCCCGCCAGCCAGCCUGCCUCGGAGAUCUUUAAAUUCUCCCGCACUUGGGCUGCUUGUGCACUCUUACCUGCCAGUGUGCAGCAAGGGCUACACCGCUCUGCACGCCCAAGGACUCCUGUCCUCUGCUUUAGGUGGGGAAAUGCUGUUUCUUGAUUUCAACUCAGAGGUGGAUAGUUUGAAGGAUCUGCUGGAGGCCGGGGCCUCCGUCAAUGCACCCCCGGAUCCCUGCCAGCAGUCGCCUGUCCACUUGGCCGCAGGUGGUGGCUGUGCUUGCUUGCUCCUCUGGCAGUUGCAAAUGGGCGCUGACCUCAACCAACAGGAUGUUUUUGGAGAAGCUCCACUACACAAGGCAGCAAAAGUUGGAAGCCUGGAAUGCCUUAGCCUGCUUGUAGCUAGUGAUGCCCAAAUUGAUUUAUGUAAUAAGAAUGGGCAAACAGCUGAAGAUCUUGCUUGGUCAUAUGGAUUUCCAGAAUGUGCUAAGUUUCUUACAACAAUUAAAUGUAUGCAGACAAAAACACCAAGUGAACAAUCCGAUAGAGAUCACUGUGUUCCAAUGCUCAGACUGAAACGAAGUUUUGGAAGUGCAGAAAAUACAAAUGGGAAAAGGAAGUGUUGGUAAGUAACUCAUAGUUUGUUUCUUCUUCCCUCAAGGAUCUCUUUAUUUAGCCCAGAAUUUACUGAUUCAUUUGAAUAUUAGCAGUCUUAUUUCUAGUAUAUCUUUUCAUCCUCAUUUAACAUUUUAAUACUGGUUAUAGUAACUGCUACUCAAUUCUAGAGACCAAAAAUUGUCCUGCAAGGUGAAAGCUUGGAGAGAUCAACUCUUUGAAAAAGUUUUUAGUAUUAAAAACUUGCCUAUGUUUUUCAACAAUAGAUGUCAUGUUGGUUAUGAAGAGGUUUGAAGAGGCCUUCACUUCGUGCAGAUCUACUGUUCAGCUAUAAGCUAUGGCAUGUCGCUCAU